UUUUUGUUUUGCGGUACAACCCGAUAACUUCCCGACGUCGGGUAUAGGGCGCGACCGGUCGACCGAUCGACGAGUCGAGCGCCGAUCCCGAAGCAAGAAAGAAGCGCCCGUCGUCCGCGAGAGAAGCUCCUGAGGAACUCGAAAUGGCGUCCAACUGCGGGAUUGCAGCGGCCGCGCUUCUUCUUCUGACCGCGGCGGCGUGCGUGCAGGCGGAGAAGCUGAAGGUGACGGACCAGGUGUUCUUCGACGUGACGAUCGGCGGCGAGGCGGCGGGCCGCAUCGUGGUGGGUCUGUUCGGGGACGUCGCGCCCAAGACGGUGAAGAACUUCGUGACCUUGGCCACGGAGGGCGUGGACGGCAUGAAGUACGAGGGCACCUCCUUCCACCGCGUCAUCAAGAAGUUCAUGAUACAAGGAGGAGACGUGGUGGAGCGAGGUGACAAGAUCGGCACGGGCUCCAUCAGCAUCUAUGGCAAGUACUUCCCGGAUGAGAACCUCAACUUGAAGCACACUGGCGCAGGAUACGUCAGCAUGGCCAACGCAGGAAAAGACACAAACGGUUGCCAGUUCUUCAUCACGACUAUUGCUACACCUUGGCUGGAUGGUCAUCACACGGUUUUCGGAAAGGUCAUCAAGGGCCAGGACGUGGUCCACAAGAUCGAGCAGACGCCGACCGACCCGGAGGACCGGCCGGCCCAGCCCGUGGUCAUCGUCAAGUCGGGGACGGAGCCCGUCAGCAAGCCCUACUACUCCGACGACGAGCCUUACGAGUAAACACCUGCCGGCGGCCGCCGUCGCGCUCAUUCCAGUUACCCCCGCCGCGCCGUCCGCUAGUCGCACGCCGAGCGGACCUUCCGAGCUUGUUUGUGCCUUAAAGUACUCGUCAGUACGUAUCGUCGUUGCCGAUGGAAAACCUCGUUCGUUGAUUCUUUGACGAGUUUGAAAUUAUAAACACACAAAUAUUUGUAAAAUUUUUCCUGAAAAAGAUACCUAAUUCAUUAACCACAACUACAGAAUGUCCAUAAAAGAAUGUCCAAUUUUCAAAAGGUAUAUUAUAACAGUUUAAUUUAGACUAUUCACAACAAAUCGUACAUCUAAUUGAAGGUAAACUAACCUAGUUUUUCUUUAGUUAAUUUUGGCACACAUCCAAGUUAAAGUCCACUUUGGUUAACACGUCCGGAGUAAUGGAAGCGAUAAGCCUCUUCAGUUCUGUGUCUCAACUCUGGCAAUUAAUUAUGUAGCAGCGGAACGCAGACACAAUAUUUUGUUGUAAAGCCCCAAAGGAGAAAAAAAAAUGAUUGCAUGACGUGAUAUCAGGUGAACGUGGAGGCCAGCUAAAAAUAGCUCUGUCGUCUCGACCAUUACGACCAAUCCGACGGUCUGGGACUUCGACGUUCAACCACUCUCUCACAAAAGAGAUUCCAAUGGGGAACGCACGUUGAACUGAAGUUACCGAUUCACUCUUAUCAAAUUGCAGAACACAAAACUGGGACUUCGACGUUCAACCACUCUCUCACAAAAGAGAUUCCAAUGGGGAACGCACGUUGAACUGAAGUUACCGAUUCACUCUUAUCAAAUUGCAGAACACAAAACGCUUUAUGCUCAUGAGUCGCCAUUUUGCGUAGGUGGCGCUGCAAGCGAGAAAACAGUAAAGCAGUACUCGCGUAUGCGCUUAUCUAAAAUUGUUUGAGUUACUCUUUAAUUGUGACCUUGAACCAACACACUACAACACUUACAGUUAAUACAUUAAAAUGUAUAACUGGGAUAUUCUUUUAUGGACAUAUUGUAAUUUUUUGUACUACAGAAUACCAGCUAAUCAUUAAAUACCAAUAUAAAAAUUAAUUAUAAAGAUUUUAAGAUACAGUUUUUUUACUUUAUGACAUAAAGAGGUUUUACAUUGGUAAUGAAUAUAAUUGUACUGCUUGUAUUUACUCUGAAGUCUAAAUUAAGUGUGUUUUUGUAUUAAGCUCGCACAAUAGUGUAAUUUGUGCUGUUUUGUGUAUUUUUACUUGCUCCUGUAAAGCUUCUAUAGUA